UUUCAGAGUAGAAAGAAAGAACACAAAGUGACGAAGAAAGGGAAAAUCAAGGAGAAAAAGGAAAGAAAGAGAGGAUCAUUUCCUUGAACAAGUCAGUCCUUGAAAUAAAUGGCAGUUUAAUCCGUUGGGCACUGGCAUUUUUUCAGGUUUUCUAAAACCGUGUAUUCAUCGUCCUUAUUGCAACAGUCAUCCUAUCGGGACAGUUGAUUGCUGAUUAUUGAUUCAUCACUCGUGCUACUUACACACUGAGAACGUUACCAUGUCAUUAUUACCAGAGAAUGGUUUUUGAAUUCCUUUGUGUAACGUUGUUAAGAACCGAAAUCAUCAGUACAGUGGUGACAUCCACCGUAUUGUGACAUUGGUAGGAGAGUCUUCCCCUACUCAAUUUCUUUUCACUUGAAUCAUGGGGAAGUUACUGUCAAAAAUAUUUGGCAAACGAGAAAUGCGAAUAUUGAUGCUUGGCUUGGAUGCUGCUGGCAAGACAACUAUAUUAUAUAAAUUGAAAUUGGGACAGUCAGUAACAACGAUCCCCACUGUUGGUUUCAAUGUUGAGACAGUAACCUACAAAAACAUUAAAUUUAAUGUUUGGGAUGUUGGUGGUCAAGACAAAAUAAGACCCCUGUGGAGGCAUUAUUACACAGGUACACAAGCCUUAAUAUUUGUAAUUGAUGCUGCUGAUCGAGAAAGAGUAGAUGAAGCAAGGCAAGAAUUGCAUCGAAUCAUCAAUGAUCGUGAAAUGAGAGAUGCAAUUAUCCUUGUUUUUGCCAACAAGCAAGAUCUUUCAGAAGCAAUGAAGCCUCAUGAAAUACAGGAUAAAUUGGGACUGACACGAAUAAGAGAUCGAAAUUGGUAUGUACAGCCAUCUUGUGCUACAACCGGUGACGGCCUUUAUGAAGGCUUAACAUGGCUGUCAUCAAAUUGUAAGCCAUAGCUUGUUAUUGUUAUCCAGUUAGCUGAUAUAACUGUUGUGGCAUUAUCUCAAAUUGUUGUCGUUCAUAAUAAUCCCGUUUUAUUUCAUCUGCUGUAUUUUUAUGUAUUAAGUCAUUCAGUAUUGUAUCAUAUUAUUCUAAUAAGCAUAAUAAUGGUCGCAGUCUGUAGCAUGUCAUUUCUACAUAUUUGAAUAGUCUUCUUCAGAAAUCAUGUUUAUAAUUUCUGAUAGUUCAAAUCACAGUAAAGGUAGCUUAUCGUCAGUUACUAUUUAUCAUUCACAAUCUUAUUUAUAAUUUUCCUCCAUCUUUUUUGACAAUUCGUUGUGCUCAGCCUAAUAUUCAUUCAUUCCUCUUUUGUGAUAUUUCAAUUUUCCGGAGUUUCUGUGUUUCGCGUUUCGUUUUACUGAUUUCUGAAAGACACGGUUUAGAGUAAAGUUUACGUGCUGAGUUAAUGCGGUGUUUUAUUUCAGUUUCAGAUUUAACUUUGAACGAUGUCAAAGUUUAAAUUUUGUAUUAACAUCCAUGGGCACUGAGUAGUUUUAGGAAGCUAGUUGCAAAUAGUAUUCUGUCAGCUGUGGUUCAGUGAAGAUUCAU